CCCUAACUAUAUAUUCAUAGCAUUCACCACACAUUUUCCUCUUUCUCUGUAAAGUCGGAAGCAGCAGCAGCCCUACGCCAUUAAAGCUUACAAAUCUCACAAAAUAAGAAAAUGAAGGUUAUCGCUUCUUACUUGUUGGCUGUGUUGGGUGGCAACACCUCCCCAUCUGCUGCAGAUUUGAAGAAGAUCCUUGCUUCUGUUGGAGCUGAAGCUGAUGAUGAUAGGAUUGAACUCCUCUUGUCCCAAGUCAAGGGCAAGGACAUCACUGAGCUGAUUGCUGCUGGCAGGGAGAAGUUGGCUUCAGUACCUGCUGGUGGUGGUGGUGGAGUUGCAGUAGCUGUAUCUGGUGGUGGUGGUGGUGGUGGUGCUGCAGCACCAGCUGCUGAGGAGAAGAAAGUGGAAAAGAAGGUGGAAGAGAAAGAGGAAUCUGAUGACGACAUGGGCUUCAGUCUCUUCGAUUAGAGGAAUGUUUUACUGGUUUCUGUAUGGAAGGCCCUGUUCCCUUUGAGUUUAUUCUGGGAAUCUUUUUGUCAAUUUACUGAUUUCGCUUCUAGUUUAGUUAAUGAACCUAUAAUUUGCUUGGUAAACAUCUUGAGUAAAUUGGAAAUUACUAGUAUUGUUGGAUUUGAUUUGCUUCUUUUUUGUUGAUGUAUUUGUUGCCAGUUUCAACU